AUGCUUUUUAAAACUGAAUACAUUUAAAAGUUUAGUAAAGUACAUUGGAGCUGAUGGCUGUCUAUGGUUUGAUUACGCUUACUCUUAAUGAGGGUUGAUUGGAUUAAUUUUAAUGACUUUUGGUUAAAUUUUAGAAAUGGAACUGGAAUGGUUGGAGGAAUUAAAAUGGAUUAAUAGAAUUGUGAAUGACUGAAUAAUAGUAACUAAACAUUAAUUAUUAACAACGCCUGAAGUCUCUUGGUAGGUGAAUUAGGAUUUGGACCCUUGUUUGAUAAUCUAAUGUUUGGUAACUUAACAACUUACACAUAGUUCAUAAUUAUAAACCAAGAAUGUUCAUGUCGAAAAUCAUUUAGGAUACGAGAGGUUGAGGAAUGAUUGAAAAAUUAUUGGUUUUUGAUGAAACUUUAAAAGGUGGAUAAGUCUAAGUCUUAGGGAGAUUUUUGUCAAAAUCUUUUUGAGAAUUUUUAAUAAAAAGUGAGUAGAAGAUUGUUGACCGAAAUAAGUAUCCUCAUAAUAAGUUGAGGUUAUGUAGCUACUUUAAGCUUAAUGAUUCUGGUUGAAGGUUAUUUUUGAUGGAUUUAGUGAGUAAGAUCUCUAGCGGCGGAUGAUUGAUGAUGGAAAUGAUAAGUUGGAUGUUUGUAAGUUCUUGGGUCAUAGGGUAAGUGGGUUAUAAGGUUAGAAGUUAAUUUAACGAGGUAAUAAUAAUAAUAAAGUAAAAUCUAAAUUGGAGCUAUGAAGUGAAUAGGACUUGAUCUGAAAGUCUAAAUUUGGUUUAAGCUUAAUUAAUGGAAUUGAGGAUUUAAUUUGAGAAUCUAGCUAAGUAUUUAGGUUUGCUAGUAGCAACUAAUAAGGUCAAAAGUAAAUUAAGCUUGCUUUGAAGUGAUUGGUAAUAAUGAGGUUAAGUAUGAGAGGUUAUUAAUUUAUGUAUUAAUUGAUUUUUCAUAACGAAAACAUAAUCAACUUGCAUUAGCAUGAGGGUUUGAUAUAGGAAGUGUGAGUACAUGAAGUUGAGAUUGAGGCUGAAGAUAUAAAUAUGAUAUUUUAAAAGGGAUUAAGUAUGUGAUAUUGGAGACGAGUGCACUUUAGAGAAGAUUAGGGCAAGAUCAUGAUUUUGAAGAACUAUGGAGUAAAGGUAAUAUGACUCGCUGGUUAUGUUGUAAUUCGAGUUUGGAUUUUGAAAGUUUGAUUUGUUAGUUUUUAAAGAGAAUAAAAGAAGGAUAUGGUGGGAUUGACAUAGGUGAAAGAUGAUAUAAUUGAUUUUGGUUGAUGUUAGUGAUAGUAGUGAUGUUUGAAAGUUGGGUAAAGAAUUAUGAUUAUGGAUUUAUGGUGGCAGACGUGAAUCGUCACAUGGGCGAUAAGAUCUCGUGUACGCGAUGUCCUAUGUGCAUGAUGUCCUGUGUACGCGGAAAGGAGCUGCAUAAACGAGAGGUUGGGAAAUGAAGGGAAACACUGGGUAAUGUUCCGCUUGCGCGACAAGUGUUAACAUAUGCGAGGGUAUGCUGGCUGGCCGGCAUCCUCCGUCCGCAAAGAUUGGUUGUUUUUUACAAGUCUAUGAAGUCCUAAACCUUAACCUUUAGGCUAGCAUCUCAUAUCAGAGGCCUUUAGAAUCGCAAGCCGUAGAUAACGACACAAGCCGAACCCCGAUAGAUGUGUUUUGUGAAUUGAAUUAGAGAAAAUGUGAUAAUGAUUAAGAGAUGAUUUAGAUAACAUUUAUGAUGAUAAAUGAUGUGAUGAGAUCCGAGAGUGACACUACGAUUAUGGAUGAUAUGAUGAGGCUCUAGAAUGGCGUUAUCAUAAUGAGUGAAAGAUAUUGAGGAUGAUGGUCUAAUACGACGAUAUGAGAUACUAUAUGAUUUUAUGUUUAAGAGAAGAGUUGAAGUGGAAUUAUAAGAGAGUAUUAAUUUGUUGUUUAUAAUGGUGAAUGCAAUUAAUGAAUUUGGCAAGGAUGUGGGUUUUUGUCCCGCUUGCAUGAUUUCAUUUAUUGAUUAAGGACGUAAGUUUUUGUCUCGCUUUCAUGAUUUGAUUAUCGAGUAAGCAUGGACGUGGGUUGUUGUCCUGCUUGUAUGAUGAUAGUGAUUCUAUUACCUGGCAGGGACUUGUGUUCAUCUUGGUUGCUUAAUGUCCUUGAUGUUUGAUAUUAUAUAUUUUUAGGAGGUCAAUGGAUGUCCCUUCCACCUCUAGAUUUUGACAAGGGACACGAUCACAAUGAGGAUGGCGAUAUGUAACACGCACUUGUGGAUCAGAUAGUCAAACGCCUCAUGGGCACGACGAUAUGUAACGUCCAUGAGGAUGCUAUUUUCAAAUGGGACGGCGAGACUUAACGCCCAUUUGUAAAGAAGUGUCGGGUUCUAGUGGUAACCAACACUUGAAAGAAGCAUGGCUAUUCCUAUUCCUAUACCCGAGUUCUUGCAAGAAUAUACGGUCAACUUGGUUGCUGAGUAUGUAACAAAUCACCUAGACUAUGUGUGGAAUUAUGAGAAGAAAUUUGACGACCUAAGCAGAGUUGUUAAGGAACUCCAGGAAGAAAGAGACAGGGUGCAUGAUAAGGCUGAGGAGGAGGAAGAUCGAUAUGGGAGAGAAAUAUACAAUGAUGUUAAAGUGUGGUUAGAUCGGAUAGAUGAAGUGAUUUCUGAGUAUGAAAAGUUCAAAGAGGAGCACAGAAAAAAUGGGGAGUAUCCCCUUUCUUUGUCAAAUCUGGAGACAAGGCAUAGGCGCAGCAAAACAGCCCAAGAUAUUGAAGAGAAGAUUAGAGAACUACAACAGGAAAAGCAUGAUAGCAUAUCUCAUUGUCAGGGCGCAUCUUCCAUGGGGUUUGCAUUCGCUAAUGUUGACUAUGAGGCCUUUGAUUCAAGAAAAGAAAUCACGAGGAAUAUUACAAGAGCACUUGAAGACUCGCGCGCUAGAGCGAUCGGGAUUCACGGGCCAGCUGGUGUUGGGAAGACCACUUUGGUAAUAGAAGUUGCUAACAAAGCUUGGAAAGACAAGCUAUUCAAUGUGGUGAUCAUGGUGAAUGUGACAAAAAGUCCUGAUAUUCGAAAGAUUCAAGGGCAGAUUGCUGAAAUGCUGGGAAUGAAGUUGGAAGAGGAAAGUGAGCACGUGAGAGCACUUCGCAUACAGAAGAGAUUGAAGAAAGAGAAGGAGAAUGCGCUUAUAAUCCUUGAUGAUAUGAGUGUGAAAGUAGAUUUGGAUAUGUUGGGCUUGGGGAUUGCAUCAGAGACUUACAGUGAUGACAUUGACUGCCAGAAGAAUCUCAUUGUUCCGGAAGGAAGGAAAUCUUCUGCUGCUGACAAUUUUCCUCCCAGCAAGAAUAAGACCAUCACAAAGGGUGCAAGGUUUUGCUUAUUUCUGAGAUGAGACAAGUG